AGGGGAGGCAGCAGGGAGCAGGAGAGGUUCAGUGAGGAGAGAGCGAGGAGAACUAUGCACGCAAGAGGAGGAGGAAAGGAUACUUACGAUCUGAGGGAAGAUACGAUGCCCGAGCCGAAGUUUGUUAAGCAGGCGUGUUAGGCAUGAUAGCUGCAUGACAGGAGAGAACUUGGGGGGGAUCCGACAUUUGUGUACAGAAAUCCAGUGUGUCACUAGCGGUUUUGUUUCAUCAUGCAGGGCAAGAGGGAGAAACGGAGAAUCUGGCGAAAUAAUGGGAUCAGUCGGAUGGAAGAGAUCCCUCGCUCACCAAGAGCCACGGGCAACAGGGGGAAUGCACAGGAAAACAUCCAAUCCGCCGAGGUCGAGGAGGACGAUAGCUGUAGAUUGCUGCAGGGGAACAGCGAUGAGGAUCAACACAGCAAUCGUCAUGUUGACCAGCACGAGAUGGUCGACGACGUUCAUCGUCUCUUCCCGUCGCAAACUGUUCAACAGGCCGCUGAUCGACCCGCUUCAACGUCAAAGGUGCCUCGAGACUGUGAGGAAGAGAACAACAACGUGAACAGCAUGAAAGCUGCUUCUCUGCCUCCAUCGACACCUCAGCAUCAGGUCCAUCAGCCUAUCAUCAUCGAGAAGGUCAAAGAAGCUCUUUCUCAAAGGUUCAAAUCCGCCCGUAAGGCAUUUGCUUUCUUCGACCUCAAAGGGGCGGGGAAAGUUUCGCCUAAAGAUUUCAAGUCAGCUCUUGAUGAGCUGGGGAUUAAAGCUCUCGGCAAGAGUGCCGGUCACAGUUUGAAGCAGCCAUGGGGUACAGACAAGAAUCCUCUGUCGAACAGCUCCAAGGCGAGGAUGAAGACGAAGCAGAGCUCGCGAUCGUUGGGGAGAAGUGUACAUGACCAAGGAAGUGAGGGAGGGAAGACGCUUGAAGGGGACAACGGUCUGCAGUAUGAUGCGAACCAGGUUCUAAAGCUCCGUGGGACCUCAGUGGGCUCGAAAGAAGCGAGAGAGAUUGUUCUUCAGCUGCAGAACAACAAGCUGCUCUCAGUGCUGGACAUGUCAGACAGCUCUAUCUCGGUCGCUGCAGCCAGCAUCAUCACCAAGGCCUUGGUCGCUGACCCCAGCCUGUCCGAGAGGGUUUCCUCCAUCGUCAUGUCAAGAUCUCCUGCUGGGGACCAAGUGGCUGAGAAGAUGUGGAGCUGUCUGGCCAACACCAAGGUUGUGGCGCUCGACAUGCAGGUCGUGUCCACUGCCGAGUUGUCACUCUGCCCCUCAUCUAGUCGCUUGCUGACAGGCGCAUCUCUGGCGAAAGUGCUGAAGGAGAGCGCGAGUUUGAGCCACCUGCACCUCGGGGGGAACAGUCUGCUGUCGACGGGGGUCGAGGCUCUUGCUAGAUCCCUCCCUCACGCCGCGAGCCUCGAGUGUCUGCACCUGGAGGGGAACGGGAUCGAUGACAACGGCGCGAGGGCGUUGGCUGAGGUGUUGGGGACGACGAGGAUCUCGCAUCUGUUCCUGGCGAGCAACGAGAUCUCAAGCAUCGGGGCCACCAUCCUGGUAGAGGCCAUCAAGAAGCGAGAAUCCGCUCCACAGGUCAAUCACUCAGCUUCCACAGCCGAUAUCAAGAAUUGA